AGUAGUCUUUACAUUAACUAAAAAUGGACGAUUUAGAGGAAGAUGGUCAACUCGACAUUUGUCGAGUUUGUCGAUGUGAAGCUACAGCAGAUAAGCCAUUAUAUCAUCCAUGUGUGUGCACAGGGAGCAUCAAAUAUGUACACCAGGACUGCUUGGUGCAGUGGCUUAAAUACAGCAGGAAGGAAUACUGUGAACUUUGUAAACACAGGUUUUCAUUCACUCCUAUUUACUCACCUGACAUGCCCAAUCGACUUCCGAUCAAGGAUAUUGUGAGUGGGCUUGUAACUAGCAUGGCAAGGGCUGUUAGAUACUGGUUUCACUACACACUUGUAGCAUUUGCUUGGUUGGGGGUCGUGCCUCUCACUGCAUGUCGUAUUUACCGAUGUUUGUUUACUGGUUCUGUCAGCUCUCUUGUUACAUUGCCUUUAGAUAUGUUAUCUACAGAAAAUCUUGCCGGAGAUUGUUUUCAAGGCUGCUUGGUCGUGACCUGCACUCUGUGUGCCUUCAUCAGUCUGGUAUGGCUGAGGGAACAGAUCCUUCAUGGCGGUGGCCCAGAGUGGUUGGAGCAGCUGGGCCAACCCAACAACCCUCAUAGGAAUCAUGGACUUGGGGCAGGCGGACUCAACUUGAAUCUCAUUGGUGGUUUGGGUGGCGGUGCUGGAGCCGUGCCAGCCAAUAACAAUGUUGCACAAGAGCCUGUGGAUCUGGUCAUGGCAGGCAAUGAGGAUGCUGGUGGACCCAUGGAAAUGGAAGAAGUUUUAGGGGAAGAUGGCAACAAUGGAAAUAAUGCAGCUGCUCAAGAUGAUAAUAACUGGAACCCUAUUGAAUGGGAUCGAGCUGCAGAAGAGCUGACUUGGGAAAGGCUUCUUGGUCUUGAUGGUUCUUUAGUAUUUCUGGAGCAUGUCUUCUGGGUUGUCUCUUUGAACACUUUGUUUAUUUUGGUGUUUGCAUUUUGUCCCUACCAUAUUGGUCACUUUGCACUGGUUGGAGCCAAGCUGAUAGAUUUGGUAAUGGCAUCCCAUUUUGAGGGUCUCUUGACAACAUUGGCUGGUUACCUGGUUAUUGCUGUUUCUUUACUGAUUAUCUACACUCUGUGUUCUCUGGCUAGACUUAAAAAGGUUCAACGAAUAUUUGGCUUGUGCUAUGUUGUAGUCAAGGUCAAACUCUUGGUUGUCAUGGAGAUAGGAGCAUUCCCGCUCAUCUGUGGUUGGUGGUUAGACAUUUGUUCAUUGUCAAUGUUUGAUGCCACUCUGAAAGACAGAGAGUCUAGCGUCCUCUCUUCCCCUGGAACCUCCAUGUUCAUUCACUGGCUAGUGGGUAUGGUCUACGUCUUCUAUUUCGCUUCCUUCAUCUUGCUGACACGCGAGGUCCUCAGACCUGGAGUUUUGUGGUUUCUACGCAACCUGAACGACCCUGAGUUCAACCCAAUUCAAGAGAUGAUCCAUCUUUGUGUCUUCAGGCACUUCAGAAGAUUCAUAGCAUCAGUAGUGAUAUUUGGUAGUGCUGUGCUCCUCAUGCUCUGGCUGCCUAUUAAAGUGAUAAGAAUUGUGUUUCCAGGAUUCUUACCCUACAGGGUGGUGGUCUCAAGCGAGGCUCCUGUCAGCGAGUUGUCCCUGGAGCUGCUGUUGUUACAGGUGGUGCUGCCCUCCCUUCUUGAAGCUGGCCAUACCAGGGCCAUGUUGAAAAAGUUAGUGGAAGGCUGGUCCAAAGCUAUGGCCUGGCUGCUAGACCUCAGGUCCUACCUGAUUGGGGAUGUGUCACUGGAAGGAGUGGACAAAAGCUGUAUUGUUGACAGUAAUGAACCCAAUCCUGAACCAAGGUUUAACAAUCCAGGUCCUCCACCAGCUCAAGAUAUUGGGGAUGGCCUCGGCGCUGCACAUCAAGCCAUGCUGCAGGGUGGCGGACCAACAGGAUUCCAGCCGUACAAGAGGCCAUCAUUCUUUGUGGCCAGGAUUAUUACUCUUGUCAUCCUAAUGUGCUUAACAUUUUUCAUGGCCAGUACAAUAUCACUGGUCCUACCCGUUUUCAUUGGGAGACAAUUGAUGUGGCUCUGGGUAGGAGACACUAAGAUCCAUGAGCUGUACACCGCCGGCUGCGGUCUGUAUAUCUGUUGGCUAUGUUUGAGAGUAUCAACUGUCAUCGCAGGCUGGUACUUGCAGGGUUGGGCUAUUAUAAAGGCCAAACUGAAACUGUGGGGACUUUUGAUUGUCAAGUCACUUGUCAUGGCUUUAGUUCUGUUGGUUGUUAUUCCACUUCUGUUGGGGCUGCUGUUUGAUGUGAUUAUUGUGGCACCUAUGAGAGUGCCACUAGAUCAGUCGCCAAUAUUUUUCCCUUGGCAGGACUGGGCCCUUGGUGUACUGCACAUGAAGAUUCUCACAGCUGUGGUGAUGAUGGGACCUCAGUGGUGGCUGAAGAGAGCAAUAGAGAGGGUUUACAAUGACGGCAUGAGAAAUUUAAACAUGAAAUUUAUCAUGGUCCACAUCUGUUUACCUGUUUCUACUUGUUUGGGCAUGGCGUUGGCUGUUCCCUACGUCAUUGCACACAGCAUAGUUCCUGCUUUUGGUGUCAGUUUUGAAACCCAAACACUAGUGGUGAGAAGGAUCUAUCCAUUUGUACUCACCCUGAUCUUGUGUUCAGCUAUGCUGGUGUUUCAGUGUCGGCAGUUCAGAAGACUGUACAACCAUAUCAAGGAUGACAAGUAUUUGGUUGGUCAGCGCCUAGUCAACUACAUCCACCACGCUACCAGCCAGGAAAGGAAGGUGAAUGCCGACCAGAUGGUGACAUAGAUGUACAGAUCUACUUAAGAAUGGGUGUGAAUGACGUUGAUCAUGAGUGUUGGCGGGAGUGUAAAUUAUGUGCAUUAGGUGAAUUUGAAAUUGAUGUUUGAUACAAUUGAAUGCUGUGGACGCGUGAGUUGUUGUUUUUUUGUUGAAGGAAGAAAUCUGAACAUCUGUAGAUAAUGUUGUGAAUAUGAUGCGUCUGUUCAUUCAAGGCUUUAGACUCUUUAUAUGACCUAUGUGCCCUGAUGUAUGGAGCCUGUGUAUAUUUUUGUUUCUGUAGACGUACACGGAAUUAUAAAUUUGAAGCAAAGAUUUUAUUUAUUCAUUUUGUUAUGACAUUUAUCUCUAGAGAGAGUUUGUGCUGAAUAUGGUUCACAAUAGACAGAUGAAGUCUGUUUAGAUCAUCUAACAUUUCAUUGUUAUUUCUGGGCUGUGCUGGGUCUUUAUAUUGUUUCUUUUUUUCCUUUUAUCAAUGAGGACGACUGCCUGUCUGUUUGUGCUGGACAGAUGUGUGAUUUAUUUUCAGUCAUUGUAUGGGAAACUUUUUUUUUCUUAAUUAUAUUCGUUUUGUUUAUACACUUGUCCAUGCCAUCAGGAAAAGUUUCAGUGAAAAUGUGUCGCUGGAUUGGUUUACUUUUUUUUUCUAACAAAAUAACAGACAUUCUUAAAGAAAUUUUAUCAUUUCAUUCUCUAUGUUGUAUGUUUCUUUUUUUUUUUUUUUUAAUGAAUUGUUUAAAAAAAAAAAAAAAAAAAAGAAGAGAAUGCACUCGCUGGAUACUUUCAAUAUUUUCUGGUGCACUUUGCAUUAUCAAUCAUGUUUCUCUCUCUAUACAUAAUUUUUGCUUAUAGCAAAUGAAGUUGCGUAAAUAAUCUUAUUUUAUAUUAAUUAUAAAGAUUUAGUUUGUAUUAAAGAUUUUGUUUUGGACAAAUCUGAUGAAAUAAAGAAAAAAAUAAAUUUGUAAAAAAAAAAAAAAAAGCCAUCAAUUAAGGUGAUUAAAGUAAAUAAUGUUUAUAAAUGUAACUAUAUACCAUUGUAAUUGAAAACUAAUAUAAAAUGUAAAAUAACAGAGUAUCUGAUCUUUGAUUUUGUGUGUGACCCAUUUUUCAUAACAAAAAACACUCACAUUUAAAAACAAAAAAGUUGAAGUAUAUAAAGGAUAUUACAAUUUAAAAUACUAAGAAGACAUUUAAUUAAACUAAGACAACACCUUUUGCAUACAAUAAUUGAAUCUACUGUGUAAAAUUUAAUCAAACUGCAAAGUCAAAAGUCCGGCUUAUUUCUUGAAUACUUGUCAAAUGUAAUGCAAAAUACAUAUUAAUUCAUAAUUUAGAAAGUCACAUUUCCCAUAAUAUAAUGUUUGUCAUUAACUAGUUUCAAAUGUCUGUGCUGUUAUCUAGUAAGUUAUGUUUCAUUUUGUCACUAAAAGAAAACUUUGUUAGUAAUGGAGGUUUUUAUUUUUCCCUGUUUCAUGGUGGCUGUAAUCACUUUGAGAAAAUACUUGAAGGCAUUUUUCUGUUGUCAUUAUCAUUCCUUGGGCCAUUGUCUUAGUCAGAAUAUUGAACAACUUGAGCUUCAGUACAAUUAUUUACUUGUCCAUAAUUUAAAAUGUGGCUAUUGUAUUAUAGAUUGCUUAGAGUUCAAUUAAUCCACAUAACAGCUACUCUCUUAUCAUAAUAUUGAUAAACAUGAACUAAAGCCAACAAACUUGAAUUAUAAUGUCAACUUGUUUAACCUAUACUUUCUACACAUGUCAUUGUAACUUGUGAUAAAUGCAAUAGACAAGAAUGGCGCAUACCCUUUGUUUAUGACUUGAUUUCUGGAAGCCUACUUAGAAGUAACUAAACUAACCUGCAGAUAGCAUUGUUGAAUUUGGUCUGUGUUGCUGCUUAAUCAAGUAGUUGACAAUUUCUUUGGAUCCACCAUUUUGUUUUGUAAGCAAACCAGCACUCGAAUACAUUGCUCAAGAGCAUCUGCUAGAUGACCUUUGAGACCACAGCUGGUGUGAACCAGUUUAAAAGUAAGGGAAUACAGGGUUGAGGUUUCUAAAAAUCAUCCAAUGUUCCAAACUUUCUAUUGUAAUUGUAAAUAAAAUCUAUAAAUAUUUGGCUUUGUAAUUAAUUGUUCCCUUUGAAUUGAGUAUUAUCAUUGACUUUUUGAAUCUUUUUUUUUUUUUGUUCUGUAGUGUAAACUGCAUGUUUUUUUUCUUCAAAAAUUUUGUUUAGCGAUAUUACAUUUUUUUAAAACCCAAAAUACAGUGCUUUCAAAUUGCUUGAGAUGUAUAAUUUUAAGAUUUAUUUUUUUUUUUUUUGCAAAUAACAUAAAUUAAAACAAACCUGAAACAAUGUUAGUAACAAUUCUUUGAAACCAAACUAAAUUUUUUAUUUUAGUGCUCGCUCUAAACUUAAAUUACAAAUCAAAGCUCCAACUACUGAUAAUUGAAACUUUUGACAGUUGAAUCUAGUACCAUGAUGGAUCUGUUCAUUGUUAAGUAACUCUGUUUCAUCUCAUUCCACAUAUCGUCCAAUCCAUUGUGUUGUAUAUUCUGAUAAUUUCAUUUGGUAGUUGGCUGCACUCAACAUUUUAUUACACAAUAAAAUAUUCAGGACAAUUAAUUCAUGCAUCCAUUGCUAUAAUUCAUCAUUGAUUUUAAGUUUUGAAAUAAUUUCAUUGAUGUGGAUACAUGCAACAAUUAAUGUAACGAGCCUGAAAGAAAUGUCCAGUGACUUUUGGUCAUUGAGAAAUUAAAAGUCAAUCUGAUAAAAAAAAA